GAGACUUGAAUGCUAAUAGUAUGUAGUUGAAAAUCGGGAAUUAAUGAACACUGGACCGUAGCUAGUUGAACUGUCAAUUGUACUGGAAGAAUGGGUGAUGACAUAAAACUUGAUGUAGUUGACCAUGUCACAACUACUGCUGAUACAGCAGAACCAGAGUCGUAUGAAACAAUGUCACCACCAACAUCUCUCGAAGAUAGCAUAUAUGAACCAGUUGAACCAAAAGUUUCUCAAGAACCAAAAGUUCCUCCAGAACCAGCUGAAGAUCCACAAGGAUAUUUAGUUCCAAAACCGAACAUUCUCCGAAAAAGCAGUCCUGGCAUAGCAAGAAAAUCCCGCCAAGGAAAUAAAACAGGAAAUGCUACUACCAAAGAUGUCUAUUCUGUAUACGAAGAUCUUUGGGAUUUCAAGAAACCAGAGCAACAUGCAGAUUGUAAGGACGAGACUCACAGUUAUUUAAAAAACAAUGACGACCCAGUUUAUGACGAUGUUGACACGGUAAUACCAUCGAAUUUACCGCUUGGAACGAAGAUAAUUUCUACUUCAGAACGAGGUUCCAUCUACAAUGCCAACGAGGUCAUCAUUAAUGAUGGUCGCUACAUGAUACCGUCGAGGCAAUGGGACAGCGAUUCUGAUGCACUUGAGUCGGAUUUCGAAGACGACGCCGAGGCGCCGAAUUAUUUUGGUGAAAAUCUGGAUGCCCUUUACGAAAAUAUAGAAAAUAGAAAGUUGGUCUCCCCGACACCAAGAACGAUGCAGUUUAAUGUUAUUUUUGAUGAAGACGAGCAUGCUCCCAAACGAGUGCUUAGCGGAUGCCUGCCCUUUGCGAAGCCCCCCAAGUCCCAGCUCCCGGAGAAGUCAUUUGGUAACAGUCGAUUUUAUAUCUUAUUAAAUGAUGAAGGAUCGCCAGUGUACGUAGAUCCAAACAAACUGGGAGAAAAAGAACCAGUGAUGCCUCCAGUGUCUCUCGGUUUAUCAGGAGAUGAGGCAACGCGUUACGAAAUUGUCAAUAAGAUUGUGGAAACGGAGGCGACGUACAAGCGAUAUUUAAACCAACUUGUGGAGAUCGAGAAAGAAUCCCGCGAGCGUAAGCUGCUAGAAGCCGACAAGCUCGAUUUGAUCUUUUGUUCACUUCAAAAAAUCCUGCAAACUCAUGAGAUGUUCAGCGUGGCCUUGGCUGCUCGGAUGAACGAGUGGACGAUCGAAGGAAAGUUAGGAGAUAUUAUUUGUGCUUCGUUUUCAAAGACUACAACCACAAUGGCCUACACGGACUUUGUAAACAACUUUCUUACCGCUAUUGACACGUUCAGAGCUGCGUGUAAAAGCAACACCGUGUUUUCACAAUUUAUGCAGGCUAAGAUUAAUAACAUUGAGCCUGAAACAAGCUUCCAUCAUCUCAUACUGAAGCCAUUCGAAAGGUUUCCGGAAUUCAUCAUAUUGACUCAGGAUCUGUUAGAAGUUACGCCGGUUGGCCACGCAGACAGGGUAUCCCUUCAGCUUUCACUCACCCAGUUGGAAUGCAUGGCAGAACUGAUUAACUCGCGGCGUAAGGAGAGUGAGAUGAAGAGCUAUUUGAAAUACCUCGAUACACAAAUUAGCCAACUGAACAAGCCAUUGUCUUCCUCCGGGAGACUUUUUAUUCGUCAAGAUGACAUGAUCCAUUGUUUACUAGAUGGUGUUUCCGUGGUCGGAACAAAGAAACUGCGAUUGGUCUUGUUGUCGGACAUGUUGUUGUGUUUAUCACCAGUGGGCAAAAAGAAAAGGAUCGUACCAGGACUUCUGAACCUUCCUAAACACAAGUUCAAGUUGAAGUGGAAUGUUCCACUGUCGGAUGUGGAAUUUAUUGAGUACGGGACUGGCGUAAGCGUAGCCGCUGGAAAAUAUGGAACAACGACCACGUAUUCUGAACAGGGCAAAUAUCGUCAAGCCACGGCCGAGAUUCAGAAACACAUUGAGGAUCUUCAACAUGACCUUGCUGUGAUUGGUCAGAUUGCCGGACUAGCGUCAUCACUCAGGGGGGGACAUCAGAUUUUAGAUCAACACAAAGUGGAACGAUGGUAUAAAUCUGUUGAGAAUACCAUCACUGAAGAAUUGAAAGCUAUAAAUAUGUUUUGGUUGGAACUCUCUCUACCAACAAAAUCUGGUCAACAUAAUUAUGUGUUUCACCUCUCCUCUCCCACGGUAAAGGAGGAAUGGCAGGCAGAUGCAAUGAACACCAAACUCUCUUUAGAAUCUCGUAACAAUCCCGGCUGGUAUCUGCCUGAAGAAGACAUAACUGGCGGUCUUUCAAUAUUGCGGCGUAAUAUGCCUCUGUUGGCCGAGUAUUAUGACUUGUUCAUUUUCAAUACAAGAUCUAGGGUUGAACAUACAAUAUGCUAUCCAGUUGAGGCGGCAAAUAUUUCGACAGUCAUGGCAGCGCGUGGCCUGGGCUACCACGUUUGGAUCAGCGCGCGUGGCGAGAUGCAAGGCAACGUGUCCGUGGUGCGUUUCGAGAGGAAUGCGUGCGCGCCGCGUGUCGUGGAAUCGUUCAACGUGUGUCCCGGAACAGUGUACUCGAUGGCUCAUAUCCCCGCCAUGAACUCCCGACCUGAUCAAAGUGCCGAUAAAUACCAAACGAAAUAUGGAUUUCCGUUUCCAACAGUCUGGCUUGGCAGUCACUCAAGCAAAAUUUUUAUCUACGAUGCCGAAUCAGAGGACAGAAGUCGUCCGCUAAUGGAACUUAAACUGAGAGACGCGCCCCUUGCGAUGAGAUACGCAGUGAAAAAAGUUUAUGUUGGUUUGGCAAACGGCACGCUGGCGAUAUUUCGGUCCAACACGAGUGACCAUUGGAAUCUAGUACAACCUGAUAUUCUUCCUCUUGGUCGGUAUCCUGUGGCAAUGAUUGCUGACGUCAAAGAUAAGUUGUGGUGCAGCAGUGGUAGUCAGAUCUAUGUUGUCAGUAAAAAAGGUGAUAGAAUUCAGCGUAUCAUUUCCGUGGAUUCCAAUAUGAAGAACUUGGUGAAACAUGUGGUAAACUGCGGUGUUGGUGUGUGGGUGAGUGUUUGGAAGAAAGCGACGAUUAAACUGUACCAUGCUGAGACUUAUGAAAUGAUACAAGAGGUCAAUAUCGUCACUCCUGUCGUCAAGAUGAAAAACGACGUGGAUACUCAGGUUCAGUACCUUUCUCUGGACAAGAUCUGCGUAACUGCCUUACUUUUCAUUCCCGGGUUCCUAUGGGUAGGAACAAGUGCCGGUCUUAUCCUGCUCUACCCUCUUCCGAAACUGCAAGGGGUCCCGCGUGUGAUUGGUCGCGCGUGUGUCGCAUUUCACGGCCACUGUGGUCCGGUCCGCAGUCUGCUUGCUAUCCCACAAGGCGAAGUUGGCGUGGACAUCACGAAUGAUGACGUAAACACGGGAGACGAAGAUCCGAAUGAAAUCAACAGAAAAUUCACCAUGUUGGCAGAUAGCGAAGAAUCUGUUGAGUCCGACGAGGAUUUCUAUUUUGUUGAUGAUAACAAGUUCCCUUCGCCAAAGAAAAAGAAAGGAACGCGUCCUAAUGCAAGACUUGGUUCUCAAAAACUUAAAGUGUCAGUCAAAGGGCCCGAAGAAGCAAGCGUUUCAUCAGAAGUUGCCGCUGAACCAGCAUCAGAAAAUGGUGAUUCAGACGACUUCAACAUUACGAAACCCGACGAUUUUGCCCGAAUGAUGGCGACAUUCGGCGGUUUUAAUCAAAAUCGUUCGUCGACUGUCCGUUCGUACAAAAAUAAGCUUUUCGACGCUACCCAUCCCGAGGAUAGAGACAGAGAAGUGGCGAAGUUAGACGGUGACAAAAUGCCGGAGACAAACGCCGCACCGGAUAUUGGAGAUGUUGGGGAAAAAACCGGGGUAUCUAAGGAGCACGACGAAGGUGCAAAUGUUGAUGAUACAGCGCCGGUUGAUUCAUGCUCACAAGAUAUCAGUUCUGGCUUGACACACCGUUCCGAUUCAGGAAAAUCAAAUUCAUCUAGUGGAAGUACUGCGAGUUUAGAAAAUAGGAUAUAUGUUAAUAUAUCAACAGUGAUGACUAACGGAGAUAAAGAAGAAGAAAUCAAUGCGUACGAGAAAUCAGAAGCAGGUUCAACAGAUACACAUCGAGAAGAAGAGAAGGACCUUUCCGGAACAAAACAAAGCACGGAGGAUGUCAGACACACUGACUUAGGUGCCUCUGAGCCAGGAGAGCAAAAAUCUCGCUCCCUCAAAAAAGCCAAGAAGACAAGAACUUCUUCUCGAAAAAACAAAAAUUCCUCCAGUCAAGAAUCUUCAAAAAGUUCAUCUCCGUCGAAAUCGCUCGAAAGGUCACAGGAGACUUACAUUACCGUAUUGCCCGACCCUAAGAAUGGAUCUGAUGGAAAUGAUACGAAAGCUAGCAGCGAGACCGAUAGCCAAACCGACAGCCAGAUUGGCAAAACAGAGAUUUCACGGAGUAAAUGUUUGUCUUAUUUGGUGGUCAGCGCCGGUGAAGGUCACGCGGAUUUAAGGCUGAAAGUAAAAUCCAAGCAAGAGUUGAAGAAAGAUGCACAGAGCAUGUUCUUGAUAUGGCGAGUGAACAGCAAGGUGUGAAGCUGUCUGAACAUACGAUGCGAAUGCACUGCGUAUAGGACAUCCCAAUACGCCAGUCAAAAACUUAAAAACACAAUGCACAUACGUAAUGCACAAGUAAAAUUAAACCAACCUGUCUUGUCACAUUUUUGUCACGUUCGCGAUUCCGAUUUCCACCUUGUUGACAAAUUGUGAAGGCAUUUUGGACAGUUUGCUACUUUUUUCAUUCCCUGCUGCAUGUUUAAGCAGCGACAACUUGUUUGCCUAAAGGCUAGUUUCCACUCAAGAAAAAUCUGGUUUGGAUCGGGACGGACAGGAAAUUUCCUUUGUCGAUGAGUUUUCAGGCGGCGUUUAUACACAGGAAAUUUUCCUGUCCUGUCCGAUCCAAAGGAGCAUUUUCCUGAGUGGAAACUAGUCUUCAACAUAUAUCUUGCUGUGUUGGUGAGAGGCAACUAGUUGGUGUGAGCAAAACCCAGGAAGAAGCAUGCAUGUACUACCAUUUUCUGUUCGUUUACUGAACCGCUAUUAACUUUUAUUACCCUCAUGAAACUUUGCUUAAAAAUAUCUUGCUAAGCAAUGGGAGAUCAAAAUUUUUAAAUUUUUAUGCUAAAGAAAGGUAUGUUUUGAACGAAGAAAGGUUUCCAAUGGCAACUAUCGCGGUGUUUUUAUCCAGUGCGUCUGCUACCGAAACAGGUUAGCGGCUGAGUCGGCGGCUCACCGUCGUCAUGUGUGAACCAGAGUCAGUAACGUAGCCAGCCUGACGAUUUGUCUCGCUAUGCUAAUAUUUUGUUGUUCAUUGACUGUGAAAACAAUAAAUUUCUAAGGAAAUGAAUAGUUAUAAUUCGAAAUUUACAUGGCGAGACAAAAUCGUCAGGCUGGCUACGCCACUGACUACAUAGACUUAAUAGAGAAUUCAAAUUCUGGCAACAGAUGAUUUUGAUGGUCUUUGGGCCUUCUGGACGCACUUCGACAAGGUGGAAAUCAAAUAUCAAUCUCCUCUCAAUGAGCUAACGUUAUUUGCAUAUAGAAAAAAUUAUGCUAAUUCCAUUGUGUUUACGAAACCUGAACAUCAGUUGUGGGUUUCGCAAAGGGUCGCUGCAAACAAUAUAUAUGCUUUUACUUUUGAUAGGCCGGUUUUAUUCGUUGCAUGAACGUCUAACAUUUAAGGUAUUUUCAAAAUACGGAAAAGAAUUGAUAGUAUAGAG